UCUUCAGUGUUUAUGAGGAACAAGCCUAACAGCUGCAUGUCAAAUUUCUGUUUUAUCAUUUGUCUUACAGAAGUGCAAGCAUGGCAUCCAUGGAAGAAAACUUUCCUCGAGGGGGCAUCCAGAAAAAACCCACAGAGGGAAAAACACUCAACACAAAGUUAGAGCGGGACAAUUUGUUCGAUGUUCGCCAUGAAGAAAAGUCCCAGAAAAGAAAAAGGAGCCAAAAGGAUCAAGGAAAGAAAAAAAAGUUCAAGGCAGACAACAUAGCUGCUGCUAAAGAAAGUUUUGUGACUAUUGAGCCAUUGAUGAUUGAGGCACUCUGUGAGGGGAUGCUGCUCCUUGGCUGUAUAAAAGAGGUCAGUGACUACGAGCUAGUUGUAAGUUUGCCCAAUGGACUUUCAGGAUUUGUGCCGGUCACACAGAUCAGUGAUGCCUACAACAAAUUGCUGAGCAAGCAGGUGGCCCAAGGAGAACUUCUGGAGGACUUGAAUUCGCUCGUGGACUUGUAUUCUCCAGGGACACUGGUCAGGUGUAUUGUGACCGCUAUUGAGAAGAGUGCUGAUGGACGUCGGAGUGUCAAAUUAUCAAUUGACCCCAAGAAGGUCAAUAAGGGACUGAAUGCUUCAGCACUAGCAUCAGGCAUGCUGCUCUCUGGCUUCGUGUCUAGUGUGGAAGACCAUGGCUACCUCAUUGAUAUUGGAGUCAGUGGGACUAAUGCUUUCCUGCCUCGUCAGAAAGCCCAAAAUUACAUCAAAACAGUCAAGAGAGGGUCUGACUUGAAAAUAGGCCAGAAUCUGAACUGUGUUGUUGUGGAAGUAAAGAACGAGGGAAGAGUGGUCCUUUUGUCCAUUGACCGAUCAGAGGUUGCUUCAUCCCUUGCAACAGAGAGACACAACUGGUCACUCUCAAACUUAUUGCCAGGGCUGGUGGUGAAAGCUCGAGUGCAGAAGGUGGCCCCCCUUGGGAUCAAGCUGAGCUUUCUGUCUUUCUUCACUGGCAUUGUGGAUUUCAUGCACAUGGACCCAGAGAAAUCCACGAGCUAUUCUCCAAAUCAAGUGGUGAAAGCUUGCAUCAUCUCUAUCAACCCCACAUCCAAGGUGGUGCGGCUCACUCUGCGGCAGGCCUUCCUCCACCCUGGGGGAUCCCCAGACCAGGUCUCCAAUGAUCGCAUAGGGGCAGUGGUGGAGGAGUCAACAGUGAAAGCUUUCUACAAGCAGUUUGGUGCCGUCUUUGAGCUUGAUGAUGGCACUCUUGCAUUUGCACGGUUGAAACAUCUUUCAAAAACCAGAAAAUCAUUUAAACCUGGAGCAUUUAAAGCAGGAUGCAAACAUAAAUGUCGAAUCAUUGACUACAGCCUGAUGGAUGAGAUGUGUAUUGUAUCUCUGAAGUAUCAGAUUAUUGAAGCCCGGUUUCUGCAAUACCAAGAUAUCCACACAGGGGAUGUGGUGCAGGGUAAAGUGUUUGCUCUGAAACCUAUUGGGAUGCAGGUGAAAGUGACUGAUGCGAUUAAAGGGCUUGUGCCAUCUAUGCAUCUUGCUGAUGUGAUCCUCAAACAGCCUGAAAAGAAGUAUAACAUAGGGGAUCAAGUCAGGUGUCGGGUGCUGGAGUGCAAUCCUGCAGGAAAGAAGCUGAUCCUUACUUUAAAGAAAAAUCUUGUUCAAUCGAAACUUCCAGUCCUCUCCAAUUAUGAAGAUGCAAAACCAGGUCUGAUCACACAUGGCUUUGUGGUGUGUGCAAGGGAAUUUGGCUGCAUUGUGAAGUUCUACAAUGAUGUCAAAGGUCUGGUACCCAAGAAUGAGCUGAGCUCAGAACCCAUAUCUUGUCCCGAUAAAGUCUUCCAUGAAGGACAGGUUGUUAAAGUAAUGGUCUUAAAAUGUGAGCCCCAGCAGGAAAGACUCUUGUUGUCCUUCAGGUUAUCAAGCAAACCAGCCCUGGACAACAAAAAGGAAUGUACUCCAAAGAAACAGGAAGUGAAAUAUCAAAUAGGAGAGAUGGUUGAUGUAAAAGUCUUGAAGAAGAAAGAUAAUGGGCUAGAGGUUUCUGUCUUGGAAGAUGAAGGCAAUGUGACAGCCUCAAUUCCCACAGUGCACCUCUCUGACUUUGUUGCUACCUGCAAGCUCCUGUGGCAUUGUCUUCAAGAGGGAGAUGUCCUGCCCAGAGUUAUGUGCCUAAGUGACAACGGAGAGCGUAUUAUCUUGAGCAGAAAGUCUGCAGUGAUUUCUGCAGUACAGGAGGAGCAGGUUGUGAGAAGUUUCUCUGAAAUCCAGCCUGGGAUGCUGUUGACUGGUUAUGUGAGGAAUGUUAUGCCUUUUGGAGUGUUUGUGGAGUUCCCUUUUGGUGUGACAGGACUGGCACCCAAAGUGAGCAUGAGUGACAAGUUUGUGACGGACACCAAGGACCACUUUGUGGUGGGACAGACUGUAAUUGCGAAGGUGAUGAGCAUUGAUGAGGAGAAGCAGCGUGUGCUCCUCAAUCUGAAGGUGUCAGAGUGCAGCUCAGGCGAUUCUGCUGCAGAGAGCUUUGCCCUACUGAAUCAAUAUUUCAAGGAGAUGAAAGAAAUCAGAAAUUUGUUGAGAAGAAGAGGGGAGUCCAGCAUGACUCAAGGCCUUUGUGAGUUGGUGACUGGGAAGGAGCUGCAGCUGGUUGUGCAGGAUGUGAAGGAGGAUGGCUCAGCACUGUUCAGUGGCAGCUGUGUUACAGGCUUGACUGUAACAGCCACUCGCUACCAUUUGGGAGACAAAAAAAUUAUUCCUGGUGAGAAAACCAAGGCUCUGGUUCUUCAUGUGGAUGCCCUCUCAUCCAAGGUCUAUGUUUCUCUUCGGGAAGAACUGUUAAAACGAAGAGCCAAGCAACGGCUCACGGAGAACUCCCAGCACUAUGCCAUCGUGCAGCACAUAGCAGAAGAGUUUGCCGUUGUGUCUUUGGAAACAGGUCAGCUGGCAGCUAUCCCCAUAGCAUCUCACUUCAAUGAUACCUUCCGCUUUGACUCAGAAAAACUGAAGGUGGGACAAACGAUCUCUGCAACCUUAAAAGCAGUGAAGGAGAAUGACCACGGACUCCUAUUAGCAGUACAAGGCUCAGCAAAGAAUAAUGUUUUUGUAAGGGUCCGGAAUGAAUCUGAGACAGCAUUAGAAGAGGUGCUUGCUGCUGUGAAACACUCGCUUUCCCUGGGGGACGUUGUUACUGGUACUGUUAAAUCUGUCAAACCAACCCAUGUCACAGUUGCUAUUGAUGACAAGCUGACAGGUUCAAUCCAUGCAUCCCGGAUUCUGGAUGAAGUUCCCAUAGGCUCUUUUCCAACGUUUACUCUGAAAGCUGGACAGAAGGUGACUGCUCGAGUCGUUGGAGGCAGAGAUGUGAAUACUCACAGGUACCUGCCUAUCACCCAUCCACACUUCACACGGUCCAUUCCAGAGCUCAGCAUUCGACCAAGUGAAAUAGAAGGGGAAGUCACAGCAGUGCUGAGCCGUAAAGAAGACAGUGCCACCAAGAAACUUGAACUAUACAGUGUUGGACAGACAAUCACCUGUUUUGUGAAAAAGUAUAACAUCCUUAAGAAUUGGCUGGAGGUAGAAGUUGCCCCUGACAUUCGAGGAAGAGUUCCUCAUCUGCUGCUGUCUCUGAACACCAAGGUCUUGAAACAUCCAGAAAAGAGCUUCAAAAAUGGCCAGGCAAUAUCGGCUACAGUGAUUGGAACAGGUGUCACCGAAACAAACCUCUGCUUGUCACUCACAGGAAUUCAGUCACUGGAGCAGGGCACCAUCACUGUGGGCAUGGUAACAAAGGUGACUCCACACAUCGGUUUGACCAUUACGCUGCCAGGUGGGAAGAGAGGCAAAGUCGGCAUCUUUCACCUGAGUGAUACGUACACGGAGGACCCUCUGGGUGACUUCAAAGCUGGCAAGAUUGUCAGGUGUUACAUCAUCUCCAAUGAGAACGGCAAAAUCCAGUUAUCUCUCCGCCAAUCCCGGCUAAACCCAAAAAGCAAAAGCAAAGUGGAGGAUGUUGAAAUAACAUGUAUUAAGGAUGUUAAAAAAGGCCAGCUAGUGAGAGGCUAUGUCAAAUCAGUCACUUCAUCAGGUGUAUUCUUUGGCUUGUCACCUUCUCUUCUGGGCCGAAUACUGUUCCAGAAUGUCUCCCCUUACUUUGUACAGAAACACUCCUUAUAUGAAAAAUACCUGCCUGAAGGAAAGCUGCUCACUGCCAAGGUGCUUGGUGUAAAUGGUAAAGAAAAACAUAUUGAGCUUUCUCUCCUACCUGAGGACACUGGGAUGCCAAGCAUCUUGCCUGAAUCCCUGGGCCUACCACGAUAUGAUGCAAAAGAAGAGAAAAGACAGGCAGAUGAUAGGGAGAAGAGAGAACAGUUUAAGGUGAAGACAAAACGGAGAAUAAGAAGCUCUGAAAGUGAGCAGGAGGCAAAGCCAAAAAAAAGGAAGAUCUGCCCCACAGAUGAAAAUGACAGUGGAAUUGAGGUAUAUUACCGGGAGGAGGAGGAGGAUGACCAGGAGGAAGAGGCAGAUAAAAAGAAGUCUAAGAUAAGAAAACCUGGUGAAGCUCCCAGGCUGCAGGUUUCUGUGGGGUUCACCUGGGAUGAGGAUAUGAAUGCCAUGGAUAUACCUGUGCUGAAUCAGAAGGAAGAGAGCUCAGAGAGCGAGGAGGAGGAGGAUCUGCACUCAAAGCUGAAAAAACAAACAAAGAAGGAGAAGGAGCUAGAGAAGCAGAAGAAGGAGAAGGAGCUGUGCAAAUUAGAGGCAGCUCUGAUGGACCCCAGUCGACAGCCCCAGUCAGCAGAUGACUUUGACCGCCUGGUGCUGAGCAGUCCCAACAGCUCCAUUCUCUGGCUACAGUACAUGGCUUUCCACCUCCAGGCUACUGAGAUUGAGAAGGCCAGAGCCGUGGCAGAGAGAGCGCUUAAAACAAUCAGCUUCAGGGAAGAACAGGAGAAGCUGAAUGUCUGGGUAGCUUUGCUGAACUUGGAGAACAUGUAUGGUACUGAGGAGACACUGAUGAAGGUCUUUGAGAGAGCCAUUCAAUACAAUGAACCUCUGAAAGUCUUCCAGCAUCUGUGUGACAUAUAUGCCAGUUCAGAGAAGUACAAGCAAGCAGAAGAAUUGUACCACACCAUGCUGAAGCGUUUCCGUCAGGAGAAGUCUGUGUGGCUGAAAUAUGCCUCUUUCCUCCUGAGGCAAGGCCAGACUGAGGCUACACACAGGCUUUUGGAUCGUGCUCUCAAGGCUUUGCCCACCAAAGAACAUGUGGAUGUCAUUUCAAGGUUUGCACAGCUGGAGUUCCGUUCUGGGGACUCAGAACAUGCCAGGGCUCUCUUUGAGAGCACCCUCAGCAGCUAUCCCAAGCGAACAGACAUCUGGUCCAUCUACAUAGACAUCAUGAUCAAACAUGGCAGCCAGAAGGAAGUACGGGACAUCUUUGAGAGGGUUGUACACCUGAGCUUGGCACCAAAGAAGAUGAAAUUCCUCUUUAAACGUUACCUGGAUUAUGAGAAGAAAUUUGGCACAACAGAAAGUGUCCUGGCUGUUAAAAGAGCAGCACUUGAAUAUGUGGAGACCAAGAGUUCCCUUGCUGACAUCUAAGUACGAUGCAAGUAAAAGCAGAGAGACUCAGCUCUAAAUGCAAUGUGGAAACUGAGACGUGGAAUUUUGCCAUGAGUGUCCAUGGACAGUGAGUUGCUGGAGAGUAUUGGUCUAUGACCAAACCAAACUGCAAAGAGCAAACUAAGGAAUAGAUUUGAUAAAUGUUUGCAGCUUUGUCCAGAUGUUACAAAUAAUCCUGGUCUGUUGAUGACUUUGAAGACAUGUUUUUUAAAUAUAGGCUGUUUUAUAACCAAUACAAACAUCAGCCAUAUCUGUUCUACAUCCUUGUGUCAAGUAUACAUGUGAAUCAGAGCUACCUUGGGCUUUUUCCUGAAGCUGAUCAGCCACAGCUCUCAGCCUCUUCUUGUAUGAUGGAUAGUCCAAUUCCAUAAUCACUUUAAUCACUUUCCUGUCCCUCUGCUAGACUCAAUUCAGUAAGCCUGUAUCUGUCCUGUACUAGGGAGCCCAGCACUUGAUACAUCAUCUCCGAUGUCUCGCUACUGCAGAGCAGAGGGGAAGGAUGACCUCCCUUGGUCUGCUGGUAAUGCUUUUCCUAGUGCACCGCAGAAUGCUCGUCUUCUUCAUCUGAAAGGGCAUUUGCCUUUAAAGUCCACAGCAUCCAGUUGUGAUGAAUCCCAUGGCUGCAACCAUCUGUCGUAACAAGGUGCCAGGGAUUGAUGACAGAAAAAAUUGUAGUUGUUGUCUCUCAAGAGAAAUCAGUGAAGUCAAAGAAAAAAGCAUUUUUUCUGUGCUGAAAAAAAGUCAUCCCAAUCUAACCUUCUGCUUGGAAAAAGCCAGGGAUCUUGGGUGCUUCUGUAGUCUCCAUCACUGGUGUUGGUGCCUUCUUGCAACUCCAGUAAGGUGUGGAUGUCAUCUUCUACAUGUUUUACAUGAACUAGAUGAUCCCAAAGUCAUUUCCAGCCCUAACCAUUCUAAGAUUAUCCAAUGUAGACACUAGUGAGUGGGUGCCCAGCUUUGAAAUAUCAAACUUGGAAGAGUCUUACUCAUUGUAAGUGCUCUGAACUCAAAACCAGAGCUCUGCAGGACCCAGCUCUUCUGCCUCUUUGAAUGCCCACUGUUGGCAAGGUUGAAUGAUUCAGCAUUUAAUUCAUGCCCAAGUCUGUUGGGAUCCGGAAACCAGUUGUUUCACUUCUUGCCCCCAGGAAGAGCAGGAUACUGUACUCAGAUUUUGCUUAAUGCUCUUCUAGAGGAGGAGGCUGCUUGCAACAUCCAGUAACAGCUGCUGCUUUCUUAAGAGCACAGCUGCAAUGACAGUGGCUUUUUCUUUUGGAUUAAUUGUUAUAUAAUAGAAUACAUAAAUAAGCGUCACAAUAGAAACCAAGAUCCCUUUGAGGCAUUGUUUCUUCUUGACUACUGGGGCUAUUACAGUCUCUACAGUAGUCAGCAGGGAAAAUGAAAGACCUGUGUGUAAUCCUCCAUACUGGAGGAGCUUGGUUUUAACCCAUUUUGCUGUUGGGACGUUUGCCCCAAGUGGCAACCUAUAGGCUUCUCUGCAAUGGGGUUGGUUUUGGCCUCUGGAGGAAAAGCAGAGGGCAUGUGAUCUUGCAGCCUGUGUAAUGCAGCAUACCAGGAAAUCGGACGUUUUGGGGAGAAGCCUAGCCUGGUUCUUGUGCUGGUGUGUAAAUCCAUGUGGGUUAAUGUCCCUCACCUCAGAAUCCUCACUGGGGGUGAAUGAGUAACACAGAUGGCAGGGAUAUUCAUGAGGGUACUAACGAGCUAUGAGAGCUGUCUCAGUGGGGGCUGCCAUGCUUGGGUGGCAGAGAGGAGGAAAAAAAUCCCAACCCUGUAAUUGCAAACAAGUAUUUCUGAAUGUGGCGGCUUGCUCCACUUCCCACUGUCAGCUGUCCACCCAAACAUGCCUCUCCAAGAAGAGGGAGGGAAAAUGGACAAGCCCCAUCCCCAUCCCAGCACAUGGAAAGUUACUGGAGUUAAUGGAGAAGUGAGAUAAAUAGCGCAAAAGCUGGUUUGUGCUCAUGAUUUAUUCUUGAGAUAAAUAAAUCCAUUCCCAAGCA